AUGUCAGGUCCCGCUCUUGCACUUUCUGAAGUCGUACUCCAAGACAAGCUUUGGGUCAUCGAGAAUUAUACGGAGGUUUCGUCCACCGCCCUCUUCGGACUCCGUGUCUACGCCAUUUGCGGUCGCAUGAGGAUUAUUCUUCUUCUAGCGGUCGCAUUAACGGGUGCGAGAAUCGGCAUCAACAUCUGGAGAGCCCUCAUCUCCACGGGCGCGUCGACGGAAGGGACGCAGUUUGUCACAUUCUCCGCUUGCAGGUCCACAUCCACGCCUGGGCAUGAUCUCGAGUUGUUUCAGUGGACGUACCAACAUGUAAUGGAAAUGCGACGAUUGGGACAGAAGGGCAUAACGGAGUUGAUUCUCCGGGACGGUAUCAUGUAUUUUCUCGCUGUAUCUGUCAUUCAAGGCGCCAACACUGCCCUAUCAUUGCAGGCCAUAGUUUUGGGCAGUACCGAAACAUCCCUGACGAUCGCCAACAUCGUAACACCCUUCAAUGCUUUGCUACCGAAUCUAUUCGUCAACCGUCUCGUCCUCAACCUCCGACUCUACAGUCAACAGCAAGAAUCAAGCGAAUCAUCCUCGCUACCGGGCAUAGCCUUUGUCCAGAACCGUUUCUUAGGAAACAUAGGAGCACCGUUGGAUCACGACCAGUGGGAUUCCAUUCUUGACGAUGUAUUCGAGGACGCCGCAGGUGAUGGUGGCGCUGACGCCAGCGGUCACGGUGUGUAUGGCGAGGGCUGGGCGACGAGACCUAAUGCGAACACAACGCUUGUACCUGUGAUCUACGACGAAGAGAACAGUGGAGCCAUCGAGAUGGUGGGUAUCGAAAGGCGCCUGAGCACCGUCGCUAUUCCAUCAAGCACCAUCGCCAUACCGUCCAGUAUCGUCGCAACCCCAUGA